AUGGCUGCUCGUUUGAAGCCUGUUCAUGACGAGCUUAGGACCCACAUGGAGAAUGCACAGGACAAGUACAAGGAGUAUACUGAUCGCUCUCGACUACCUCUUCCUGUUCCCUACGAGUCCAAGCCUGGCAAUCAAGUUUUGCUACACUCGCCACCUGAUCGACCAUUCGGCUGGACUUCUCGCCUCAUACGCUCGAUCGACAACACUGCCUUUGGUCUUGACCUCCCACGUGAUGGUCUCAUUCAUCCAUUCUUCACCUGUUCUGCAACAACAAGCAACUGGCGCUUUCUUUCGUUCACAGCCUCAUCCCAGUCCUAA